AUGGACUCAUCAGCCAGAACCGCUCGCUCCUUACCUCUGGCAUACAGAAAUGCUCGCUCUCUGCCCAACAAAUGCUCCCAGUUCCGUCCCCUCGUCAAGUUUGCCAAAAACCGUCAGAACGAUGCCACGUUCUUUCUUACCUCCAGAGGUGCUAGGAUGGGAGACAAGAAGAUACUCGAGAAGCUUCUCUGCAACAACUGUACUGGUGCUCCCCCUGUCGAGCUCAAGUGUACUGGCUGCAACAGAAAGCGCCCCCUUGACCACUUUUCUACCACUCAGAGGAACGCUCCAGACACCGCCAGAUGCCGCAUGUGUAUCAGCCAGAUCGAGAGUUUCAGACCAGGACAGCAGCAAGAGCUUGAGAAGGAUGGCUCUGACGACGAGUACAUUGCCGUAACUUCCACCGAUGGGGGUGUGCCCUUGACUCCAGACAAGGGCUUCGUGCCCGUCCCAUCGACCAGUCGCAGCACUCGUGUGCCCACAAACACUACUACCUCCGGCACAUCCAGCUCUGGUCGCUCAAUCUCAUCCCUUGCCUCUACAGUCAAAGCUCCUCCUCUCAAAAUUGGCACUGGCGGCUUCGCAGUCGUCAAGCAGGGUUUCCGUGAAGUUCCAGUUCCCGAGUACAUCGAUGACGACGAAGUCGUGAGUGAGCCGGACAGUGAACUUGACUACGAGAUCCAGAGGAGGACGAUUUUGGAUGAGAUCAGGCACAUGGCGCAGGAAUACAGUCUUUACAGCAGUUGA